AUGCAUAAUCACACCCAUCAAUACCCUCUUCCAUGUUUGCAUUGUCAUCCACAUAGCUAUAUUAGGAUGGUUCAAAAUUUGAUAGAGAGGUGCUUGAUGUUUCAAAUGAGUCAAGACCAAUGCAUAAAGACAUUAGAAGAACAUGCAGGGAUUGAGCCACUUGUUACUCUUACAGUGUGGAGAGAGUUGCAAAAGGAGAAUGAGGAGUUCUUUAGAGCAUAUUACUUUUCAGGAUUAUCAAGAAGGAAACAUUGGAAAUGA